AUGCCUGGCGGACUAGAAUCAUCACGUUGGGCGCCGACCCCCAGCAAUUAUCGCAUCAACAAACCACGCGGUAACCGCCGUCGCUCCGCGCAAACUUCGUCAAGUCUAUCACUAUCAACCCCCUCGACAAAAUCGGCCUCCCGAUCCGAUAACUUCCUUACCCAAGACGACCUACCCGACGGCCUAUCCUCGUCUGAAUACGAGUUAUCUCGAUUCCUCAAGAUUGUCGCUCGUCUCAAUUGGAAAAUGCCGUUCCUUAAGCAGGGAUAUCGCAUAGCUAUAGAUCAUACCGACAAAUCGCCAUCUGAAAUCCAAGGUUACGAGAUUCAAUUUAAGUUAGACUUCCAUGAAUUCUACAUGCUCAUCGAGCGAGCUCUAGUCCGCCUGAUGGGCAUAUUUGGAAUUGUCGUGCAGAAUCAAGGCGCCACAAUCAACGGCGUUUUCACGCUAUAUGGCAGCUCAGGCGGCGGUCAGCAUCAAUAUCAUGCAAACGUUCUUAGGGCGCUUCAAGACUCGAAAAACCCCCUCAGCGUCAUAUUUGGGGCUGCUGAAGUCCGGAAGCAGCUCUCGCAAGCUAAAGAUCUCCGCAACCGCUGGAAGAAUAUUGACGAAGCAGACUCAACAUCCCUCCCACCCGCGCCGCUCUCAGCCUAUAAUCUCGAGCUUAUUGUGCAGACUAUUCUUUCGGCAAUCGACCGCGCGCACACUUUCACUGUCGAAUAUGUUGUUGAGCGUGAAGGCAAACCCAUGAACACUCCUAACGGUACCAUCGGGGAGAAAGACUGGGAGUUUAUGGUGGAUGCAAUGGAUUGGGAAGCCGUUUGA